GUCUCCCCAGCGCAGCCCAGACCCCCAGGGACAGACGGGGCAGAGACGCACCCGGAGCAACAUGCACCUGCUGCUCUGCCUGGCCUGCGUGGGGGCCCUGGUGUGCACCAGCCACCAAGCCCCCGAGCUGCUGAUGGCGGCGCCGAGGCUGGUGCCGGUGGGCGUGGAGGUGGGGGUCCUGCUCCAGGCCGAGGGGGUGGCCGGGCAGCUCGACGGGACCCUCUACUUCCAGAACGAGGUCAACACGCGGCAGAAAUGCUCCGGCGAGAAGCUCUUCAGCCUGCGCCCCGAGAACGGCCACAUGCAGCUCCUCAGCCUGAAGGUGACCCCCGAGCUGGCGGGUCGCUGUGGCCUGGCCGCGCUGCGUCGGGGUCGCUACGUCCAGCUGGUCGCGCGGAGCCCCCAGCUGCCCCCCCCGGGCGCCCGGACCCUGAGACUGGCCUGGACGAGCCGGCGCGGGCAGCUCUUCAUCCAGACCGACAAGCCGGUCUACACGCCCCGGCAGAAGGUUCACUUCCGAGUCUUCGCCCUGAACCACGAGCUGCGCCCCACGGCCGAGUCCAUCACCAUCACUGUCCUGAACAGCCAGGGGCUGCAGGUGCGGAAGGUGGAGCGGUUCCCGCAGAACUGGGUCAUCACGGACCAGCUCUCGAUCCCCGACAUCUCCGAGCCCGGCACCUGGCGCAUCACGGCGCGGUUCUCCAACGCCCUCGAGUCCAACACCAGCGCCGAGUUCGAGGUGAAGAAAUACGUGCUCCCCAAUUUCGAGGUGAAGAUCGUCCCCGACCGGACCCACAUGCUGGUGAGGGGAGAGGGGGCCCCUGAUUUGCGCAUUGACCUGCAGGUCAGGUUCGUCUACGGGAAGGGGGUGAACGGUGUCGCCUACCUGAGGUUUGGGGUGAGCAACGAGGAUGGGGAGAAAACCUUCCUCAGGGGCCUGGAGCAACAGGUCACGGUG